AUGAAAUUCUCCGCUAUCUUCUCUUUCGCCCUCCUCCCUGCCAUCUCCUAUGCCUUGACCACGAGCUACGACACAUCAUACGACAUUGCCAGCCAAUCCCUGGCCACCGUCGCCUGCUCGGAUGGUCCACACGGCCUCAUGACCAAAGGAUUCACCACAUUCGGCUCGCUGCCCCACUUCCCCAACAUUGGAGGGGUCCCCGCCAUCCAGGGAUGGAAUUCUCCUAGCUGCGGAACAUGCUGGAAGUUGAGCUACACCGACGGCUCAGGCGUGACGAGGAGCGUCAACAUUCUUGGAAUUGACGUUGCUGUCAACAACUUUAACAUCGGGCUCAACGCUAUGAACACCUUGACUGGGGGACAAGCUCAGUUCCUUGGAAGGGUUCCUAUCACUGCUACUCAGGUCGCUUCUUCGGUUUGCGGACUUAACCAAACUGUGACGUUGGAAUUGGCUUGA